AAACCAGAAAGAAACUUUCUUGGCAAAAAAAAAGAGAACAAUCUCGUAGAUUCUUGACAAUGGAUUCUUCGAAGAAUAGAACAUUGCUUAAGGUCAUUGUUCUUGGAGAUAGCGGGGUAGGCAAAACUUCAUUGAUGAAUCAAUAUGUGUACAAGAAAUUUAACAAGCAAUAUAAGGCUACGAUCGGAGCAGAUUUUGUCACCAAAGAGCUUCAUAUAGAAGAAAAAUCUGUCACUUUACAGAUAUGGGAUACUGCAGGACAAGAGAGAUUUCAAAGUCUAGGGGCCGCAUUCUAUAGAGGUGCUGAUUGUUGCGUUCUUGUGUACGAUGUGAACAAUCUCAAAUCUUUUGAAACUCUCAAUAACUGGCACACAGAGUUCCUCAAACAGGCAAAUCCUAUGGAACCGGAUACAUUUCCCUUUGUUUUAAUCGGGAACAAGACCGAUGUAGAUGGCGGAAACAGCCGAGUUGUUUCAAAUAAGAGAGCCAUCGAGUGGUGUGGCUCAAAGGGGAACAUACUGUAUCAUGAAACCUCUGCGAAGGAAGAUACCAAUGUCGAUGAAGCUUUUUUGGGUGUUGCACACAUUGCUCUCGCCAAUGAACGUAAACAAACCAAUGACAUAUAUCCUAGAGGCGUAUAUGACUCUGUUACGGAUAUUAUUGAUCCAGAUCAGACAAGAGGUUGUGCUUGCUGAUUCAUAUUUAACAUAUCUGAUCAAUAAUAUGGAGUCCCAGCUCUUUUAUUUUCAGUCUUUGUUUUUGGUAACUUUUUUUAUUCAUUGGUUCAAUAUCAUUUAUAGAGGUUUACUAACGAAAAAAUAACCAAUUGAUAUAUGCUACUUUCUGAGUGUUUUGAUUCAUGUAAAACAUUAAUUACUUUUAAUUUCUAUAAAACUCUUCGUUGAGA